GCUGUUGAGGCGGUUAAGGGAGGUGCGUGCAAUGCCAUUCGUGGGGAAGAUGCCGGUGGAUUUGCAUGAGUGGUCGGGUCAGCUGGCCCUGCAGGAUGUGGAGGAGAAGCCGGCCCAGCCGCUGCAAGUCAGCUACGGCGCGGUGGAGAUCGAAGCUCUGGGCAAAGUGCUGACUCCGACGCAGGUGCAGAAUCGUCCAGUGAGUAUUAACUGGUCUGGAUGUGAUCCAGACAAGCUUUACACUUUGAUUCUAACUGACCCAGAUGCUCCGAGCAGGAAAGCACCAAAGUUUAGGGAGUGGCACCAUUUCAUUUUAAUCAACAUGAAAGGAAAUGACAUGAAAAGUGGAGAGGUUCAGUCUGACUAUGUUGGCUCGGGUCCUCCUAAAGGAACUGGUCUUCACCGCUAUGUCUGGCUAGUUUAUGAACAACCUGGGGUGCUGACAUGUGAUGAACAGCGUUUGACCAACCGUUCAGGUGAUAAGCGUGGAACGUUCAAAACUAUAGCAUUCCGCAAGAAGUACCAUUUGGGUGCACCAGUCGCGGGGACAUGCUACCAAGCUGAAUGGGAUAACUAUGUACCAAAACUGUAUGAGCAGCUGUCUGGAAAAUAACAGUACAAAGGAUACCUUGUCAAAAAAAUACCAGAUAAUUUUCAGGCUCUGUACACAAGCAAAUGUUACCAGUGCUAUACCUAAUAAAUCUGCUUUCCAAGUU